UUUCUCACUCUAGCAACAUGGCAGACAUCUCGAAAGAAGAUCUUCGCAAAGAAAUUGCCGGUAUCUUGAAGGAUGCCGACCUAUCAUCCACAUCUGCCAAAAAGGUGAGGCAAGAGCUGGAGGGGAUACUCGAUGCCAAUCUGCAAUCCAGAAAGCAGGAAAUUGAUGAUCUUGUGAUGGAGUUUGUCAGCUCUAAGCAGGACAAGAAGAAGGGGGGAAAGAAGGGCAAGAAGGAGGACUCUGAGGAAGAGGAGGAACAAGAAGAGGAUGAGGAGGACGAGGAAGAAGAAAACUCCGAAGACGAGAAGAAGAAAAAGCGUUCUUCGACCGGCAAGAAGCCCGUCGCCAAAAAGGCCAAGAAAGGCGACGACGAGUCCGGCAGUGAACAGAGCGAAGACGGGGAUUCCGAAGAGGAGUACUCACCCAAGAAGGCCAAGCCGAUCAAGACUCGCAAGCUGCCCCCCAAGAAGAAGAAGGGUUCGGAAAGCGAUUCUGAUGAGGAUUGGGGCAAGAAAAAGGGAAAGAAAGGCGGUGGCGGUGGUGCUAAAAAGGGCGGCAGCGGCUACACCAAACAAAUGACCCUGUCCCCCGAGCUGGCGGCGCUCGUCGGCCAAGAAUCGAUGGCGCGACACGAGGUGGUCAAGAAAGUAUGGGCCAUCAUCAAGGAAAAGGACCUCUACGAUCCCAAAAACAAGCAGUACGCCAUCUGCGACGACGCCCUCAUGAAGGUCAUCGGUGUCAAACGUUUCAGAACGUUCGGUAUGAUGAAAUAUCUCAAAACUCAUUUUAUCAGCUAAGAAGGGUUCAAUAUUAAUUAAGUGUAAAUUGACUAGCGCUGUCGCGAGUCCACCUCGGAAAAUCGUUCGUACAUUUUUUCUUGUUUUUUUUUUCGUAGUCCAGUUUUUAGGCUGUGGGGCAGGGGUCUAGAUGAAUCUAGUCCUAGUAGAAAAUGAUCUCGUAUUUCUCCAUAGAGACUUUUAGGAACUACUGCUGGGAAAUAAUGAGAGGAUCGCAAAAGUGCUGUGAAAAGUAUGAUGGCUGCCUAUAUAAAUCAGUGUUGUUCAGAGACAACUCUCAAAACAGGGAUCCUUUGUGCUACUAUCGUGAUGGGUAGUUUGUUGGUCACAUUACAAACACUCCAUCGUGACCGAUUGAAAAGAGUAAAGUAUAUUCAUUUUACCUUCCAUUGCUUAUCAUGUUUCAAAUAUUAGGCUUUCAGAGUCACGGGGCUCUAAAAUUUUGGGCAAUGCCUGUCCAUAAAAAAUGAGAGUGAAUUUGAAACCGCCUUAUUUAUAAAAUUACAAGAUUGGAAAACGCAUCAGGAACAUGUUUUCAAAGAAUAGCCAAGAAAGCAAGUACUUGUAUAAACCAUAUGAGUAUUGAAAAAUUAUUUGUGGGAGCCUAGCGGAAUUGACAAGAAAGAAUCAGAAGCAUGAAUUAUUGAGAUGUACAAUAAUAGGGAGCCAUUAAACUUUGAUACUGGCGCAAUACUCUAGUGAGUUAUGAACAAUAACUAUAAUAAUUGCAAUCAUUCAUCGGGCAUUGACUUGAAAAAAAUUAUAGCUUGUAGGAUGUGAUCGUCAAAAAUCACAAAAAUCGACCUUUCCCAAUAUAUUUCCAAAGUUUGCUGUAUCGCUAUCUCCUUGAAAACGUUUUUGGCAAGGAUGACGUUCGCAAACUUCAUAAUAUGACCUAAUGACUUUCUCUUGAAUUAUGCAUCGAUCGUUAACUAUUUGGUUGAGGAUGUGAAAUCGUGGAUUGAAGUAUUUCGAGAAAGUCACUUAGUUUUUAGGGUAGUUAGUAGUAUUUUAGCAAUUUCUACAUAGAGAGAUAGUGUAGGAAAUCUUAAAAGCAUGACCAAUUGUUCUGCUACAUUUCAGUAGAGAUUUUAUGCCCUUGAAGAUUCUGAUGAUUCCUAGCCCUCCAUUUGCUUUGGAGAUGUCACGUGAUGUCUCUUGUGAUGGUAAGGUGACGUUAGAUAUUUCUGUUUUUUUGGAAUCUGAAAGGUUGAUUGAAAGCUCUAUGAGUUUUCAGUGAAUGAUCAUUACUUGGUUAUUGUUCUUAACCAAAUGAAAGUAUAACAAACAUAAUUUCUUUUACCUCUGGAUACAGGGUGACUGAUUUGAGAAUAAAAAGUCAUGAAUCAGACACACCUAACAACUGGACUACCACGGCGUUUUAUAAGUUAUUCAAAAGUAGUUUGGUGUUUAUAGAUUGCGCUAGUUUGAAACGAUUUGAAUAUUGAUAGAAUUGAAUUUGAAAUAUUUUCUAUUAUGAGAGGUAUUCGAACUGACCAUAGGUUUAAGUUUUACAAGUCUUUUUAAAUCUAAUGUAAUAUUUUUUUAAAUGUAACGAUAUCACUAUGAUUUCUUUCGAUUGUGUAAGUCGUGCACCUUGUAAAUGUUUUGUCGGUUUGUAUGAUGGUAUUCAUACAAAAAAUUUUAUUCAAUAAACAUCCCCUGAAG